CCAUUUGUUUCGGAGAACUAUAAAUAUCGUUUCUAUUAUAUCCAUCAUUUUCAAUCUCUUUAUUCAAUUUCAUUUUCUUCUAUGAAUUUAUCAUCAUCAACAAUGGCGUUCAAGAAAACCCUUGCUCAACGGUUAUUCAAUAUAACCAAAUUAUCAUCACAAAAUCUCACGAAUUGUCGCAUUUCGUCUUCCUCCGUUCGCGGUGGUGUUUCAUCGAAGUCGACGGAGUCCGACAUUUCACCGGAACCGGGAGAUAAAACUGGAAUAUUCCGGAGAUUUUUUCACAAACGAACCGGUUUUGAACCGAAACAAACCGGGUUCAAAUCGGAGCUUCAUAAUGGAAAUCUGGUGGAGAAGCUGAGGGAAAUGGAUAUUGGUCGGAGUAGGAUUAGUUUGGAAGGACUGAAACCACCACCGGUGACGGAGAGGACGGCGGAGGACGGUGUUAGUGUCGGUGAUGUGAAGAAAUUGUUGAAGGUUGCGCAGUUGGAGUUGGUUAAAUCGAAGCUGAGAGAUACCGGGAAAAGUUGCAUAACGGUUUCGGAGUUUAUUCGGAUCUGCUCCGAAUAUUGUUCGGAUCAUGAUCAAGCGGUUAAGAUUGCAAAGAUGCUUGAUGAUUCUGCGGCUGUGAUUGUCUUAGGAGAUGUUGUGUUUCUUAGACCUGAACAGGUAGCAAAAACAAUUCAAAGUCUGUUUCCUACACAAGCAGCGAAGGUGCCAGAUUCAAUAAGAAAAGAAUACGAAGAAAUGCAGAAAAAGAAGCUAGCUAUUGACAAAAAAGCCGACACCUUGGUUCGCCGCGAGCUUUGGGGAGGUCUAGGUUUCAUGAUAGUGCAAACAGUGGGAUUCAUGAGACUCACCUUUUGGGAGCUUAAUUGGGAUGUUAUGGAACCCAUUUGCUUCUAUUUAACAUCCAUGUACUUCAUGGCUGGUUACACAUUCUUCCUCCGCACCGCUAAAGAACCUUCGUUCGAAGGUUUUUAUGAAGCCCGUUUCAACUCGAAGCAGAAGCGUCUCAUGAAGCUUCACAAUUUUAACCUUGAAAAGUACAAUAAGCUUAAGGAUGUUUGUUCUCCCAACAUUCCUCCAAUGUUUGAUUCAUCCAUUGCUCUCACAUUUGGAAAUAACUCACAAUUUAAUUGAUAUAAAGGUAAUUGGCUUAAAACAAAUUAAGAUGUAGAAGGUUACAAGACCUCGGCUACAUAUUUUUAUUCAUGAAAACACAAAAAAAAGUUGCCCCAUUAUGCAACAAAUUUUGGGUUUUUUUUUUACUGAAAAAUUGGGUUUAAAAUUCCCAUCAUUUUGUAUUAGACGCGGUCAUUAAGAAACAUGCUAAAGAUGUGUUAGACUUAGAUGCGGCUUUGUGUAAAACGAAUGCAGAGUGUUCAUUACCAUUUUUCUUUUGUAAAAUCACAUUAUUUACAUUAUAUUUUGACUCAUAUA